CCUCCUCUUCCUCCUCCACCUCCUCCUCCUCUUCCUCCUCCUUCUCCUCUUCCUCCUCCUCCUCUUCCUCCUCCUCUUCCUCUUCUACCACCCUCACCUCCUCUUCCUCCUCCUCCUCCUCUUCCUCCUCCACCUCCUCUUCUACCUCCUCCUCCUCUUCCUCCUUCUCCUCCUCUUCUACCUCCUCCUCUUCCUCCUCCUCCUCCUCUUCUACCUCCUCCUCUUCCUCCUCCUCCUCCUCUUCUACCUCCUCCUCUUCCUCCUUCUCCUCCUCUUCUACCUCCUCCUCUUCCUCCUCCUCCUCCUCUUCUACCUCCUCCUCUUCCUCCUCCUCCUCCUCUUCCUCCUCCACCUCCUCCUCCUCUUCCUCCUCCUUCUCCUCUUCCUCCUCCUCCUCUUCCUCUUCUACCUCCUCCUCUUCCUCCUCCUCCUCCUCUUCCUCCUCCACCUCCUCCUCCUCUUCCUCCUCCUUCUCCUCUUCCUCCUCCUCCUCUUCCUCCUCCUCUUCCUCUUCUACCUCCUCCUCUUCCUCCUCCUCUUCCUCUUCCUCCUCCACCUCCUCUUCCUCCUCCUUCUCCUCUUCCUCCUCCUCCUCUUCCUCCUCGUCUUCAUCUUCUACCUCCUCCUCUUCCUCCUCCUCCUCCUCUUCCUCCACCACCUCCUCUUCUACCUCCUCCUCCUCUUCCUCCUCCUUCUCCUCUUCCUCCUCCUCCUCUUCCUCCUCCUCUUCCUCUUCUACCUCCUCCUCCUCCUCUUCCUCCUCCACCUCCUCUUCCUCCUCCUUCUCCUCUUCCUCCUCCUCCUCUUCCUCCUCCUCUUCCUCUUCUACCUCCUCCUCCUCCUCCUCCUCCUCUUCCUCCUCCACCUCCUCUUCUACCUCCUCCUCCUCUUCCUCCUCCUUCUCCUCUUCCUCCUCCUCCUCUUCCUCCUCCUCUUCCUCUUCUACCUCCUCCUCUUCCUCCUCCUCCUCCUCUUCCUCCUCCUCCUCCUCUUCUACCUCCUCCUCCUCUUCCUCCUCCUUCUCCUCUUCCUCCUCCUCCUCUUCCUCCUCCUCUUCCUCUUCUACCUCCUCCUCUUCCUCCUCCUCCUCCUCUUCCUCCUCCUCCUCCUCUUCUACCUCCUCCUCCUCCUCUACUUCCCAAACAUUACAAUCUGCUUACUCCCCCCCCCCCCCCCCCCACAGAACUCAUUACCCUACCAGCCAGCAAUACAGACAAAUACAACAAUUAG